AUGGUGUCGGAUUGGCAGGACUUCAAAGCCAACGUUUACCGGAGGAUCAAAGGUAUGGAACGUCUACUGACCGAGAAGGGUGAACGUAUUGAUCAACUGGAGAUAAAACUGGCUAGUCAGAUGACUGAAAUAAAAGGGUUUAAACAGGGGAUGAAGUCACUGGAACAAGCAAUCAUAGAAAAAGAUAAGGUUAUGGAUAAAUUGUUGACAAAAUUUGGAGCCGUCCCGUCUUCUCUUCAGCAGACAGUAGCGUUCCACGUGUUUCUCGCCAGUGACAAAUGGGUUGUAAAUGAUGACGUGGUAGUUUUUGACGAGGUGGCGCUGGACCAUGGAUAUGGAUACAAACCGAGACUCGGGAUCUAUGUCGUUCCCAAGGCGGGCACUUACGUCAUUUCCUGGACUAUGUAUUGUUACGGACAAGAAUUGUUCCGGACUCUCCUUGUGCUGAAUGGGUCUGUGAAAGGAUCGGCAUGGACAGAUUCCGAGCUGUCAAAAGAUAUCCAUCAAACUUCUGGUCUUGUUGUCCUGGCCUUGAACCAGGGAGUUCAUCUCUUUAUCCGUAUGGGACCUAUCUUCGGAAAUGGGACAAUCUUAAGUCGAAACGACACUGCGAUUUCUACAUUUUCGGGCUGGAAUCUUGAUUAA